CAAGCCGCCGUUCUCGCAGAGGAUACUGUCCGAACAACGUUUACCACAUCCCGGCGCACGACCCGAACUAGACAUCGCGGUCUUUCGUAAAGUUGCUGCGGGACAGCGUCCCCCUCGCCAAACACGAUCGCGGUCUGUUCGUGAAUGCCAAAGAGCUGCCAAGGUUGAUUCGAAGCAGUCUCAGCAACUCGAACAUGAUAUACAUCGCCUUUAUACAUGCACGUGAGGAUUCAGCGAUGUGUUUGGUGAUCGAGCGAUGUGUUUGGUAGGUGUGAGAGAAAUAUCUUUCGUUGGGAGAUCACACUGGCAAGUGUGUAAAGCUGCGUGCAAUUCCCUCGUAUGCCCCUCGCCCUCCUUCUCCUUCUCGCUCCUCGUCCCCUCCCUGGCUCUCCCCUCACUUCCCCUUCUCUCCCCUUAGCCUUCCUUCCCUUGCCCUGCGUGCCUACACCAUCCGAGCCCAAUUCAAACCGAAACUCGAGCCGAAUACGGCCGUCGAAUCCAAGGGAGGUGGUAAGUGCAGAGCGAAAAGAGGAAAUUGAAGGCUACCCGAUGUCACAGUAAAGCACUGAGGUGGCAUGACAUGUAGCCCUUUUCACUUGCGUGAGUCUAGAAUAUUUGGCGCCUAAUUUGCAAACGACAUUUGCAAUAAAUUGAUCUUGCCAACACAAGAAUCAUUACCGUACAAGGUCAACCACAGCCAACCUCGUCUGUUCUUCCUCCCUCUUCAAUGAUGGAGAAUAGAGUUGAGUAGUGGCAGCCGACAGCAUAAUAUGAGGACAUCUCUACCUCCUGCUACCAGACACAGACAUCGAUUUAUUCAUCUAAAACGUCUCGAUCCUCUCGCUCCACCCUCGCCUCUCCGCCGCGGCGGUGCCUUUGUACCCUUCCUCCCUUCCGUCUUUGCACGAUAGCCCAAGCCGGCCGUGAGGCAGACACUAGGAACUCCUGAGGAAUCACCCUGCCGUCCCACAUGGCCUUCGUCUCCUAACAUCACUAACAAACAACGACUUCACAGGGAGGAUACUCUCGACGUUAAGAGGGAGGAGGAUCACGGCAUAUCAGUGUGAGAGGGACAAGAUAAGAGCAAUCAUGUACCCAUCUCCAAUUCAUAAUACCGUGGCAAUGGUGGAGAGUUGGAAGCAUUGAGAACGGUUUUCGAUAUCGAAAGUGACCACGCGCUUACUGGGACAAUAUGUCGGAAUACAGCGGAAA